AUGCAAUUCUGGAGAUUUUCUACCAAUGCUUUGGCAACCUUAUUGUCCGUGGUAAGCCUUGCUUCUGCUAGUGGUCCUGCGGAUGGAAAUGCUAUUGCCGACCCUAACUCGGCCGUUGUUAAGUUGACUACCGAGACUUUCAAGGAAUUCCUUGAAGAGAACCCUUUGGUCCUUGCGGAAUUCUUUGCCCCUUGGUGCGGGUAUUGUAAGCUUUUGGCUCCCGAAUUUGUCAAGGCUGCCGAUACUUUGAAUGAUUCUCACCCCAAUAUUAAGUUGGCUCAAAUUGAUUGCACUGAAGAUGAAAAAUUGUGCCAAGAACAUGGCAUCAGAGGUUACCCGACAAUGAAGGUCUUCAGAGGUGAAAUUUCCGAAGAUUACGAGGGUCCUAGAGAAGCUGACGGUAUCAUGGAUUACAUGAUCAGAGCAUCUCUCCCUGCCGUUUCGCACGUUGAUAAUGAGGAUGCUCUCAAGGAGUUAAUCUCAGAACAAUCGAAACCUUUCAUUCUUCAAUUGAACGGCGAUUCGAAAUCCAACGAAACCUUUAAUGAAGUUGCUCAGCAAGGUCGCAAGGACAACACGUUCAUCUCAGUUGAUUCAUCAUUGAAUAAGGCCCUUGGCAAGAAAAUCACCAACAUCAAGAUUGGUAAAAAACCGACUUUCUUGUUGGUGCACCCUGAUCAAUUUGACGAUGCCAGGGAAAUUUCUGGUGACAAGCUUGACGUGGAUGCUCUUAAGGCUUUUAUCAAGGAUGAAUCCAUCCCUUACUUUGGCGAAAUUGACCGUGACACUUACCUCAUGUACAUGACUUCUCCUACGCCUCUUGCCUAUUACUUUUACGACAAGCCUGAACAGCGUGAUGCCUUCAAGGAGAAGUUUGAAGCUCUUGGCAAAAAGCACAAGGGCAAGCUCAACUUUGUUGCCUUGGAUGCAACUCAAUUCGGCCGUCACGCUGAGGUCCUCAAUAUGGAUCCUGAGAUUAUCCCCUUGUUCGCCAUCCAAGAUUCUGAAAAUAACAAAAAGUAUGGUAUCGAUCAAGUGCAGCACCCUAAGGGUCCUAAAUUCGACGUGAUCGAGAAAUUCGUGAAGGACUUUGUUUCGGGUAAGCUCACUCCCAUUGUUAAACUGGAAGAAUUACCUAGCGCUGAGGAAAAGGCAGCCAAUCCCGUGGUAAAGCUUGUGGGACACAAUUACCGCGAUAUUCUUGAGGACACCUCCAAAGAUGUGUUUGUUAAGUACUACGCCCCCUGGUGUGGUCACUGUAAGAAGUUGGCUCCCACUUGGGAAGAAUUGGCUGAAAUUUAUCAAUCAAACAAGGAUGGUGCUGAAGUUAUUGUUGCCGAUAUUGACCACACUGCCAAUGACGUUGACGUGCCCGUCGAAAUCGAGGGCUACCCUACUUUGUUGAUGUACCCUGCCAAUGGUGAAAUUGAUGAAAAGACUGGUUUGAGAAUUCCCGUUCCUUUCAAUGGCAACAGAGAAUUGGACGACUUGAUUGAUUUUGUGAAGUCGUCGGGGGCUCUUGGCGUUGAUGGUACCGUCACCAAGCAAGAAAGAGAUGACGCUGGUGCUGACAUCUUGGAAGACGAAGAUGACGAAGCUGAGUUACCUGAAGAAGUCGAAGAUGUCAAGGAUGAAGUUAACAAGAAGGCUAAGAAGGCGAAGAAGGAGGCGAAGAAGGCCGGUAAGAAGGCCUCUAAGAAAGCCAAGAAAGCUGUCGAAGAUGACGAAGCUAAUGAUGAAUUGUAG